AUGCUUUAUUCGGCAGAUAUUCAACAAUUCUUUACUUUUAGCGGUACAACUACCCAAGCUUCUCCAACGUCAAUGUUCGAUUUAUUCACAACUGAAAAAGAAGCAGAGACUUCAAUUGCACAAUCAUCAUCUCAACAAGUAAAUAAUCAAGAUGAUGAUAGUCAAAUAAUUGUUGAUAGUGAUGAUGAAAUAAUCGCUUUAAGUGAUGAUGAAAUUCCCAAAAAAUCAAAUAUUUCAUCAAGAAAAUCGCUUUGGACUUCAUCUGAAAUUCAAAUAACAAGUGGAAGUUCUCAAUCACAAUCAUUACAUAAUCCAUAUCGUGUUGGUAUUGCUGAUCCAAGUUUACGAUCAAUAUUUUUACCACCACCAAGUUCUCAAACAACGUCAACAUCAAAUAGUGGAAAUAAACGAACUCAAGGUAGUAAUCGAAAAACAUCGCCAACAAAACGAACAAAUAAUUCCAAAUAA